AUGGCAUCGCUCAAACGCAAACGCUUGAAUAGCGCAUCCGAUAGGCGUACAGCUAACACGACCGGGCCCGUACAUGCCGAAGGGAGUAGCAGAGUUCAGGUUGGGAACUCGUUCACAGAGGUUCACAACCACGAAGGACGACAAGCCAACGACGAAUGUCUUCGAGAUCUACGAACGACCGACCCACGCAUAGACAAGACGCGAAUCGAGAAUGACAAAGGAGGGUUAGUGCAGGGCUCGUGCAACUGGGUUCUGGAGGACUCCAACUUCCAGCAAUGGAGACAGGGAACAAAUGAUCGUCUUCUUUGGGUCAAGGGUGACCCGGGAAAGGGCAAAACCAUGCUCCUUUGUGGUCUCAUCGACGAGUUGAAAAAAUCUCAACCUUCUCUAUCCUACUUCUUCUGCCAAGCUACCGACUCCAGGAUUAACAACGCAACAUCGGUCCUGCGAGGCCUCAUCUACCUCCUUGUGGUCCAGGACACAUCUCUAACUCGACAUGUGCGCAACAAGUGGGACCAUGGAGGCAAGUCGACUUUCGACUCUCCAAAUGGAUGGCAUACCCUGUGCAACAUUUUCGAGGAUAUACUGCAUGACCAUUCCAAGCCAACUUGUCUUGUCAUCGACGCACUUGACGAGUGCGAGGGCGACUCUCUGUCUUCACUUCUCAACUUGAUUGUCUCCACGGCCUCCAAAUUUCAUCACAUCAAGUGGCUUGUCUCCAGCCGCAACCUACACGAUAUCGAACGUGGAUUGGGAGGCGCCAAUGUUGGUGGGAAGCUUGACAUAAGCCUCGAAGCAAACGCUAGUCUCGUAUCCAAAGCGGUUGCUAACUACAUCGAUUACAAAAUAGACAACCUUGCGAAGCUCAGUUCCGAACUAGACUUGCGCAAGGAUGUCAAAGAAACGAUGCAACAAAAAGCCAAUGGCACAUUUCUUUGGGCAGCUCUCACCCUUGACCAGUUGAACGCAGAAGAGGAUGAGGAGCUGCAGGACAACUCUGAGAUGUUGGACAUUCUCAACCAAGUACCCGAAGGAUUGACCAACCUCUACGAUAGGAUGUGGAGGCAGGUCAGCGCUCAGGGUUCAAAGAACUCCAGGUCAUGCAAAGUUAUCCUUGCAACUAUGUUUCUUGCAUACCGACCACUCCAGCUCCAGGAACUGCCCAUGCUUGCAGGUUUCAGGGGCAACCUUGCCAACCAUGACACACUCGUAAAACUUGUCAGGCGAUGUGGGUCUUUCUUGACUAUCCAGCAAGACGCAGAUACAGUCCACUUUGUUCAUCAGUCGGCCAAAGACUUUCUCACUGACAACAAGAAUGCCUUUGAUGGAAUUUUUCCAUCUGGCAUGGGAGGCGGCCACCAUCAACUGUUUUCUCGAUCAGUCGAGGCCAUGGCUACUGGCCUACGGCAAAACAUCUAUGGCUUGCGCAAUCCAGGAGUUUUGACCAGCGAAAUCGAGGUCCCAGUGCCAGACCCUCUUGCUGCGAUGCGAUACGCGUGUGUUCGCUGGCUUGACCAUUUCUACGAAUGGGUUUCUUCGAAACGAGAUCGAGACCAAAAUGAUGCAAAUGAUGUCGUUACUUUCCUGCAAGACAAAUAUCUCUACUGGCUUGAGGCCCUUGGUCUUUGUGGAAACGUCAUCGAAGGAAUUGCCUCUAUCAGAAAGCUUGAAGCUCUUGCGGCACACAAUCAGUGGGACCAUCUGGCGACCCUGGUUCGUGAUGCUCGGCGAUUUGUCCUUGCCAACAGACAAGGAAUAGAGACAGCCCCAUUGCAGGUUUACGUUUCAGCACUCAUCUUCUGUCCAACUUCCAGCUGGGUGCGGGAGAGGUUCGAGACGAUGAUACCAGAAUGGAUCAAGAAGAAACCGAUAAUUCAACCUGAAUGGGAUGCAUGCUUAUUGACUCUUGAGGGUCACGAGAACGACGUUGUAUACUUGGCAUUUUCUCCCGACAGCAGGAUCAUUGCGUCCAGCAGUUGGAACGGAGUCAUUAAAAUUUGGGAUCCAUACACAGGAGCAUGUUUGAACACCAUUUCGGGUCAUCCCUCGAGGGCUUUCGAGUUGGCCUUUAUAUCUAACGGGCCCAGCACCAUUCUGGCGUCUGCAGGAGAAGAGUCCGGUGGCUAUUCAAUCAAGAUUUGGGAUCCUUUCAAUGGAGGCCCGCCACAAAGAACAUUCACCAUGCCCAACAACAUGACACACACCAUUGCAUUUACAGAAGGCGGCAAAACGGUGGUGUGGGUGGAUGAAGCGGGCACCUUGAUCAAGUUUGAUCUUGACACCGGAGCAUUCCUGGACCCGAUCAAGCUUCCUGCCAAGCCCAUUGCAGUUUCGCCAGACGGCCAGACUAUCAUCACAUAUUCAAGUCCUGAGAGGGGUUGCCGAGUUUGGGCCUGGGACAAUCCGGAAACAGACCGUCUCACAUUAGAUGGUUGUAUUCCAAAAAAUGACUAUGUGGUGUUUUCCCCAGACAGCACAAAGCUGGUAUGUGUCUCCGAAACUAGAGAUGGCCACAUCCAAAUGUGGAAUUUGACCACAGGCUUUUGUUUCACCACUCUUUACGAUUCAUACGACUCCGUCUCGCGGAGCCUUGCCUUUUCACCGGACGGAACAAUGGUGGCUUUUGGAAAUGCUAUGGAUGGCGCGGUCAACCUAUGCGAUACAAUAAUAGGCACGGUCCAGGUGUUUAGCGGCCAUAGCGAUACUAUUUGGGCGGUGGCCAUCUCUCCAAACGGCAGACUAUCGGCAUCAGGGGGCGACGACAAGACAAUCAAGAUCUGGGAUCCGACUGUCAGAGCGCCACUGGACUCUGACACAGGUCCAAAUCUGGGGCCCCAAGGCUGGCUUCUGUCGCCGAAUGGUUUGUGGGUUGCUUCCCUGAUAUACGACGACGACAUUAGAAUGUGGAGCUCAGUGACGAGCGAAUAUGUUUUCAAUCUACGCGGACCCCUACCAGGAUGGGACGGCGAGCUGGCAGACAUCCUGGAAUUCUCACCCUGCGACAGGUGGCUAGCCUUUGAUGGUCCUGGUAGUAUCGAAAUCUGGGACACGACAACAUGGAAAAUUCAACACGAAUUCAAGGGCUUCCGCUUCUCACUGUCAACCAACAUCUUGGCAUUGGUACCCGUCGAGAGUGAGACCAUUGAGAUCUGGGACUUGCACACCGGCAAACUGGUAUCAACAUUUUCGAGCCCUCUGUGUGAGCAUGAUGAUUACCCACAAAUUUCUUUUUCCCCAAACGGGCUGUGGUUGGCGUUAGCCUCAUGGGAAGGGCUUGAGAUAUGGGAUUGGGCUGCGAAGAAGUGCAUACAGGUGGUCAAUGGAUAUCCAGAUGAAAUUUCAUGGCAUCCGACUCAUGGUGGUUUGCUUCACACUUUUCAUGGUAGCUAUUGCGUUCAAGGGUCCACGGGAAACUGCUCGGUCGACAAGGUUCAAACGCAGGAUGAGUACGAUGAGGACGAAGACCAAAUUCAAAUGAUCAAAGACGGUGAAUGGAUCACAGUCCAAGGAUUACCGGUGCUUUGGGUCCCUCCUCAGUACCGGCCUCGCUUCAGGUACCAUGAGGAUUAUGGUCCGGUUGAGGAAAGGGCGGUAGAUUGUAACAAGUCAGGGAUUGCUAUGCUGGACAACUGCAACCGGGUGAUUUAUAUUGAGUUUGACGUCCCCGAGAUAGCUCUCAAGUUUUAG